AUGAGGAAAGAAAAUAAAAAAAGGAACUUGAAAAUUUUGUUCGAACGAAGAAUUAUAUUAUCCCACAAUGAUGAGAAACACACGGAUAAAUCAAUGAACGCUUUUUAUGGGAUAUGUUUCAUUCUAUUUUCUCUGAUGAUGGUCUGCUUUUCAACUUUUUUUUUUUUUUUUCACAUGCAUCCGUAUGCUUCUUACUAUUACAUUGUGACUGUUGGUUCCAUUCCUGUUUACAUUUUGUAUAAAUAUUUUACUUGGAUAUCUUUGCAACUAUUUAAAUAUUCCUAA